CAAAAGAGGGUGGUUACUGAAGGGCGUGGACUCAACGUUGGAAAUGGGGUGGGAGACCUUGCUGUGACAGGUCAGUUCUGAAGGAGGAGGAAAGGCUCCUGACAGAGGAAGAAGGGGCAUUGUGACUGGGAUUUGCAGCAGCUGGCAGCUGGAAAGAGCAGAAGUUCAAUUUGAAGUCAGGACAACAAUUCUGAUUACAGAGAGAGAUAAAUUUAGCGUACAGGAGGAACAGCCAUGGAUUGUUUGAGAACUUCACUGAGCAAUUCCUGGAUUUAUCCCACUGUGAUCCUCUGUUUAUUUGGAUUUUUCUCCAUGAUGAGACCCUCAGAACCAUUCCUUAUCCCAUAUUUAUCUGGACCAAAUAAAAACCUGACCAGCACAGAGAUCACCAACGAGAUCCUUCCUGUUUGGACCUACUCUUACCUGGUGCUGCUGCUCCCCGUGUUUGUCCUCACUGAUUACGUCCGCUACAAGCCGGUCAUCGUCUUACAGGGGAUAAGCUUCAUCGUCACCUGGCUGCUGCUCCUGUUUGGCCAAGGAGUGAAGAUCAUGCAGCUGGUUGAAUUUGUCUAUGGUCUGGUGUCGGCCACCGAGGUGGCCUACUACGCCUACAUCUACAGUGUGGUCAGACCAGAGCACUACCAGAAGGUGAGCGGCUACUGUCGGAGUGUCACGCUGGUGGCCUACACAGCGGCCUCGGUGCUGGCCCAGCUCCUGGUUUCCCUGGCAAACGUGUCCUACUUCCACCUCCACGUCAUCUCCUUGGCCUCUGUCUCCGUGGCUUUCUUCUUCUCCCUCUUUCUGCCAAUGCCCAAGAAGAGCAUGUUUUUCCAUGCAAAACCCAGCAAACAAGCUUCUCAGAAGACACCAGGACAGACUGCCGUCCCAGAGGAAGCCCUUAGAGGUGACGAAGCAGCCCACCAAGAAGCAGGCAGCCUUCCCAGGCCUGGGGAGGAGAGCCAGGCCAGCAGCCCCAAGCCCAAACAUGAGGCUUGGAGGAGCUGCGUGCAGUGGUUCCAGGAUCUGCGGGAGUGCUACUCCUCAAAGCGUCUUUUCUACUGGUCCCUGUGGUGGGCUCUUUCCACAGCGGGUUUUAACCAGGUUUUGAACUAUGUGCAGAUCCUGUGGGAUGACAAGGCCCCAUCCCAAGAUUCCUCCAUCUAUAAUGGAGCAGUAGAAGCUAUUGCAACAUUUGGAGGAGCCCUGGCUGCCUUCGCAGUGGGUUAUGUGAAAAUCAACUGGGAUCUCCUGGGGGAGCUGGCUCUGGCCAUCUUCUCCACGUUCAGUGCAGGGUCUCUGCUCCUCAUGCAUUACACAUUCAGCAUCUGGGUGUGCUACACUGGCUAUUUGGUGUUCAAGUCCAGCUAUAUGCUUCUCAUAACCAUAGCAGUAUUUCAGAUCGCGGUGAACCUAAGCGUGGAGCGCUAUGCCCUGGUGUUUGGAAUGAACACCUUUAUUGCCUUGGUGAUUCAGACUGUCAUGACUGUGAUUGUGGUGGAUCAGAGAGGGCUCAACCUGCCAGUCACCACGCAGUUUUUAGUUUACGGGAGUUAUUUUGCAGUCAUCGCUGGCAUUUUCCUGAUAAGAAGCAUAUACAUCCUCUACUCUGCCAAAUGCCGAAAGGAAGUACAGAGCCCAGCUCGGCCACAACCAGAGGAACCCAGGAACGUGGGCAUGGCGACAAAGCUCUGACCUUAUUACAUCAACUGUGGUUGUUUUCAAAUCAGUGAAUGGAAAGGCAGGAUUUUGAGAAGGAGAGCUUGAGACGGGUCGCCACGCAUCGACACGGUCUGCAACUAUGGGCUCCAGGGAGCCUUUUCAAAACCACAACACAAGCUCAGCUUUGAAGCAGAUGUCUGUGAGCCCAGCUGAGCUGUGUGUAGUCAGCAGGACCCAUCACAGACGAACAGCCCAUGUUGGGGACCCCCUUGAAUAGCAGUAACUGGAAAUUCUAGUUCCAGUCACUUGUAAGAACAUGCAAACGGCAUGGAAACAAACCAUAAUCUUGGAGGUGAUGUUCUUGUUACUGAGCAGAUAUACCAACUGUGCUGACCUCGUUGCUUGGCUUAGAUGCUCAUCAGAUCUAAGUAUUCAACACCUGGGACAUUGUCUUGUCUGGUGAGCCAUUUUUCUUCCUCUUCCCGUGAGCAUGUCUCCGUUUCAAUUCUGCAGUUCUCUGAGAGAACAACAAGAUCUGGUCCCAUUUCUAAGGGCUGCUCUUGGACUUUGAAAACAGUAUUAUUCACAAGCUCUGAUUUGAUGAUUUUGCCAAUUUAAUUUUUUUUCAUAAUUAUUUUUUUAUUUUGUGCUCUGCUGAGAUUUUGUGUUGAAACUCUACCUCAGGAAUAGCUCUGUAUACCCCUGCACGUCCAGGGGAAGAUAGUCACAUCAAUUCUCAGUGGCCUGGGAGAGGCAGGGAGCUUCCUUCCCACCAUGACCCCAGAUAGAUGUGGUAAUGCUGCAUCAGUGGGAUAUCUAAAAGAGAACACUGUACAGGGAAUUUCCAGGGGGUUUCUAGCAGUAUUUAUAUAUAUAAAUAUAUAUAAACUUGGGGGAAUUAAACACCUAAUUUGUAUUUAUUUAUUCUUUAUUUUUUGGUGCUGGAAAUUUGAACCCAUGGCUUCCUACAGGCUAAACGUGAGAUCUACCAUGGAGCUAUACCCCCAUCCCAGAAACACUUAAUUUUUAAAAGGCAGAGCUUGUGCUAAAUAAAGUGCAUUUAAAUUUUUUAAAGAGGCCAAUUUUUUGUUGUUGUUGGAAUUCUGCUGUAAGUUAUCUGAACAUAUCCGCUACUUGGAACUUACAGUGGAGACUGUGUUGAGCAGUCAGACAUUGGGAAUAAAGAACACUGACGCAA